AUGGGGCAAAAGAAACGAGAGAUCUACGGCACCAAUCGCAACCCAGGCUUCAGCCCUGUCCGAGAUAUCAGUUUCCGCCAGGCCUUGUUGGGUUCCUACACACUACAAUGGAUGAUCAUCUCGGCUGAGGCCUUGCUGACCCGCUACAGAGGCGGGCCCGAGCCGCAGUCUCUGUUCCGUCGCAAGGCGGCGGCGUACCUGGCGCUGAAUAGACAUCUCCAGAACUUCUCGAGGGAAAAAAUCACGGAUCAAUUCGUCAACGGCAUCGUCAUGGCCAUCAUCACCGAGUCGCGCAUCGCGGCGCCCGAGGUCGCCAACAUACAUCUGCGCGCCUGGGAAGCCGUCCUCAAGACGGGAGGAGGCCUCAAGCAGGUCAUCGCCGCCUCUCCGCAGCCCUUCGACCAGAUGGGAUGUCUCAUGCCGUACCUGAUCUGCGAGCCCCUCCCGGAUGCCCUGGUCUUUUCCGAAGAGUUCGAGGAUCGGGCCAUGGAUCUCCUCCGGACGAUCGUGAAGGGGGAGAACCCGGCCGAUCCGACCGACCUGAUUUUCACAGCGUCUCAUGUCGUCGUGCAGCCCCAUGUACUGUUCCUGUCCAUGCGAGGCUCCCUGCCUCAGCAGAUCCGGCAUUUGUUGCUAUCUAGCGUGAUCGCCCCUUACCUACGCGUCGACACGUGGGGGCAGCGGCAGUACGCGCAAAAGUCGUCGCACUUCAUCUCCCUGUUCCUGCUGGUCACGACCUUUUGGAAGCUGCGGCGCGACUACAAGGCCCAGGCGGGCUUCUUCAACGGCCUGCACCGGCUGUUCAUGAACAGCGCCACGCAGACCCAGUCCGGGACCCGGUCCAUGACCGACGAGGGCUUCUUCUGGGUUGUGGUCAAGGCGUGCUUUGACGUCUACGUCAACAUGAGCGACAGGGCAACGCGGCUGAAGGAAUACAUCGAUUUCCUAGCCGACGCCCUCUCGGCCCUGAAACUCUUCCGCGUCUGUUGCGACGGCGUCAGGAAAGAUAUGACCGUUUAUCUCUACCAGUGCCUAACGGGUGGGAAUGAGGCGCCGGAUUGA